AUGUCAGUACCACAAUCAACUACAACUACAACUACAACUUCGAGAAAUCCGUCUUCAACUACAUCAGCAUCUUCAUCAAAUUCAAAUGGAGGUUCACUGCGUUUUAAAGGAGAUGCAGUAAGUUUUUCACCUCGUUAUACAAAUUUUCAUAAUCAAUUUCAACAACAUCACCAAAAUCAUCAUCAUAAUCAAAAUCAUAAUCAUAAUCAUCAUCAACAAUUUCCUCCGCAUAAUCCUAAUCAAUUCAUACCUCCUCAAAUGCAACAAGCAGGACUUACGCCUCAACAACAACAACAACUUUAUAUGCAAUAUAAUAAUUAUCAAUAUCCAAUGAUGAUGAAUCAAAUGUAUGGUUAUAUGCCUUAUCAACAAGAUUUAUAUUCUCAACAACCUCAACAAUUGUAUAUGAUGCCACCACCUCCUCCUCAAAAUCAUUUACAAAUGCAUCAACCUCCACCUCCGAUACCUCAACCACCACCUCCUUCACAAGAUCAUAAUAUUAACAACAAUAAUAAUAAUAAUAACAACAACAAUAAUAUACAAACAAAACUGCAUCAUCAAAUAUCAAAUAGUCCAUUAGCUCCACCACCAAUUCAACAAAAUAAUUUUCAAAAACUGCCACCACCACAGAAUUUACCGCAAAAGCAUCACCAUCAUAAUCAACAACACGAGCAACCACUGCAUAUACAACAGCAGGCUCAACCACAAAACAACCUUGCUCGUCAACAAUAUUCACCAAAGUCUACCCCGACCGAGAUUUCACAAUCAAAAGAUGUUUCUUCAAAUACAAAUAAUACCCAUACACCAAACCAAAGCGAACUAGAGCUCAAGGAAGAGGUACCAAUUUUAAAUGGCCAUAAAGUGGAAGAAAAACCAACAAAAUUACCAACACAAAAAUCUGAAACCAAAUUAGAUAUGAAGUUACCAUUAUUUGUAAAUACUAAAAAGUCGGAUUUUCUCAAUAAUUUUCCAUUAACCGAACAAACUAGAAGUAUAGAAUUAAUCACAAAAUCAAAUCAAUUGGAAGAUAAUUUUACAAGGAACGAAAAUAAAGUUACCCUUACCCCAAAUAUUUCAAAAGUUGUAUAUAUAAAUACUUUAGAAACUAUUUUAACAAAUGGUAAAGACAAAAUAGAGAGAACUAGAAAAAAAUCAUUAACUUCAACACCUCAAAGUCAACAGCCUCAUGCCAAUAACACACAAGAGUCUCCUGCAUUAUCAAAUAAUUGGGCUUCAUUUUUACAAUCAACUGCUCCACCAACUCCAAAAAAAGUAGUCAAAAAAUCAAAUCCAUCAAAAGUAGAACCCACCGCCCCAAAAGCUAUAACUACAACUAAAACUUUUGAACUAUUUAAUAUUGAAAAUGAAUCAGCACAACCAUUGGGGAUAUUAUUAUUGAAAAUAAUGUUUGAUAGUCAUUAUUCAAUUUUUAAUGAUUUUCCCGUUUUUGAAAUCAAGCCAAAAGGUUUGACAAAUACUGGUAAUAUAUGUUUUAUGAAUUCAAUUCUUCAAACUUUACUUUAUUGUGAACCAUUUAAUAAAUUAUUAAAAUUAAUUGAAACCAAAUCAAUUGGAGAUUUAGUUAUAUCUUCACAACCAUUAAUAGAUGCAACUAUAAAAUUAUUCAAUGAAUUCAAACCAUCAGACGAUAAAUCACCAGUUUCAAUUGAAACUUUUUAUUCAGCGUUAUCGAAACAUCAAAAAUUCCAACAUUUAAAAUGGGGACAACAAGAAGAUGCAGAAGAAUUUUUAGGUUAUUAUUUAGAUGCAUUAAAUGAAGAAAUGAUUUUAGCAUUAAAAAGAUUGAAUACUCCACAAAUUGAUUCUUUAAUACAAUCAUACACAUCAGAUGAUGUAACAAAAUUCAAAUAUAACAUAAAGACAUGUAUAAAGAGAAUUAGAAAUGAAGAUGACGAAGAUGAAUGGAAAGAAGUGAGUAAAAAAAAUGUAACCAAAAUAGAUAUAGAACCAACACCACUAAAUUUGAUUUUCGGAGGUGAAUUUAAAUCAGUGAUAUCAAUUCCGAAAGCAUCAUCAUUUCAAAAAUCAAUAACAUUAGAUCCAUUCCAACAUGUACAAUUAGAUAUAUCAAAUUCAGAAUCAAUAGAAGAUGCAUUUUUACAUUUAAAUGAAUUAGAAAAUAUUUCAUAUAAAGGUCAAAAUAAUAAAGACCUUUUAGUUAAAAAGCAAACAUUUAUAGAAAAAUUACCAAAAGUCUUAAUCAUACAUUUAAAAAGAUUUAGUUAUUCUUCACAAAAUCAAGAAAAUGCAAUAGAAAAAAUAGGCAAAAACAUAACAUACAAUCACACUUUAACCAUACCUAAUGAAAUACUAUCUCAACAACAACAGUCACAACAACAACAGUAUCAAUUAAAUUCAGUAGUAUAUCAUCAUGGAUCAUCAGCAGACGCGGGACAUUAUACAAGUGAUACUUUUGAUUUUGAAACAAAUCAAUGGUGGAGAAUCGAUGAUACCAUUGUUAAACCAAUAAAUGAUGAUGAUGUAUUAAAUGAUGGUAUAAAUAAUGCAUAUAUUUUAAUCUAUAGGAAAAUAUGA